CCUCCUGGAAAACAGAAAGGAAAAAAGAAAAGAGUGUGUUGGUGGUACAAAUGGAGACUAGCUUCUUCUUCUUCUUCUUCUUCCCAUGGCGGCCACUGGAUUACAUGUGCUAUCUGCCGUCGGCCUACGCAUCGGAGAGAAGCACAAGCUUUCUGUUGGAGGAGUAGCCCUACCCCGAGUCUCCGUUUCUGUCAACGCUUUUAGCUCGGAGCAGCGGUCGGCUAAGAGCUUCAGGGACUACCUCGAGGCGGCUAGGGAUUUCAUCAGACCCGAAGAAAACAGCCCCUCUCGCUGGUUCUCUCCCCUCGAAAGCAAGGCUCGAUGUGACCGCGCCCCGCUCCUUCUCUUCCUACCUGGUAUCGACGGAAUUGGACUCGGCCUAAUGAGACAGCACCACAAACUUGGACAGAUGUUUGAUAUCUGGUGCCUUCACAUUCCACCCAGUAAUCGUACUGCAUUCCCAGAUCUUGUCCGCAUGGUCGAAACAACUGUCAAAUCUGAAAGUCAGCGGUCACCUGGUAAACCCAUUUAUCUUGUUGGAGAAUCUCUCGGUGCCUGCAUUGCACUUGCCGUUGCUGCCUGCAAUCCUCAUUUUGAUCUUCUCUUGAUUCUUUCUAAUCCAGCUACCUCAUUUGGAAACUCUUCGCUGCAACAUCUUCCUCCCCUGCUCAAACUCUUGCCUCACCAACUUGAUCUUGCUUUUCCUUCUGUCUUAAGCUUGAUUCCAGGUGGCCCUUUAAAAAGAAUGAUUGCUCACUGGGUCAGGGGACUUCCGGAGAACGAAACAGCUGCAAACAUUUAUCAAGAUUUGGUGACAGCAUCGACAUUCACAUCUAUCCUGGCUGAUACAUUUGGGAGAGAAACACUUUUGUGGAAGCUCAAGUUGCUUGAUUCCGCUUCUCUUUUUGCCAAUGCCCAUCUUCAUCUAGUACAAGCUCAGACUCUAAUUCUAUCCAGCGGAAAUGACCAUAUAUUACCCAGUACAUGUGAAGGCAAACGACUUCGCAAAAAACUGCCUAAAUGUGAAGUCCGUUCCUUCAAAGACAACGGUCAUUGCCUUUUUCUUGAGGACGGCAUUGAUCUGGUCAGUAUCAUUAAGGCCACUUCUUUUUACCGGCGUGGGCGUCAUCAGGAUUACAUCUCCGACUUCAUCCCACCAACCUUCUCUGAAUUUAACAAAUGUUAUGGCGUCAACAGGCUCCUUGAGGUGAUCAUGGGCCCUGUGUUUCUGUCGACUACAGUAGAUGGGAAAGUGGUGAGGGGGCUUGGGGGAAUACCAUCGGAAGGACCUGUACUACUAGUGGGAAAUCAUAUGCUACUGGCGAGUGACAAAAUAUCACUCCCAGGUCAAUUUGUUCACGAGAGGAACAUCAAUUUGCGGCCUCUUGUGCAUCCGAUGAUGUUUACAAGAAUGAGAGAUGGAUUGUUACCUGAUGUGUCUGGUUACGACACACUCAGAAUGAUGGGGUCGGUGCCCAUCUCAGCCACCCACCUUCAUAAUCUCUUGUCUGCAAAAUCCCAUAUUCUGUUGUUUCCAGGAGGCAUACGCGAAGCUCUACACCGCAAGGGAGAAGAAUACAAGCUGAUGUGGCCAGAGAAACCGGAGUUUGUGAGAGCGGCAGCCAAAUUUGGAGCCAAAAUAGUUCCCUUUUGUGGGGUUGGAGAAGAUGAUUUCUUAAAAGUAGUUGUGGACUACAAUGACCAGAUAAAAGUUCCGAUUGUUAGAGAAGUGCUAAAAAGAGUGACAGCGGAAGGCCCGGAGGUGAGGGGAAGCGUAGAAGGAGAAGAGGGUAACCAAGAUUUCCACAUGCCAGGAGUGAUACCCAAGUGUCCUGGGAGAUACUAUUACUACUUUGGGAAAGAGAUAGAGACGGGAGAGGAAGAAUUAAGGGACAGAGAGAAGGCAAAGGAAGUGUACGCCGAGGUGAAGAAGGAGAUUGAGAGAUGCAUAGAGUUUGUGAAGCAGAGAAGGGAGGAAGAUCCUUACAGACCUCUCUUGCCUCGUCUCCACUAUCACCUGAAGCACGGUCUCCUCACCCAAGUCCCCACUUUUCCCUUUUGAACAUAUUUACACAAUUAGAUUUAUCAAUCAAAAGUGUAAUUCGGUGAUGGUAGUACUGAUAUCAAUCUAUAACAUUUGGGCUCA